UAGCAAUUACUUCAAUAGUCAUAAAAUGUGUUGAUUCUUAAUCCUUGGGUUGCUGCAGGCAACAGGGCCUCUGUGUGUAUAUGUGUGUGUGUGUGUGUAUGUGUGUGUGUAUGUAAGAAAUGUUCUGUAUAUUCUCAGUAAUUCAUGUAAGAACUCAUUAAACUUAAGUUUUGUAUAUUUUAUGUAACAUCACAAUUAAAAUAAAUUUUGAAAACCCAAAACAUUCUCACCUGUUUGAGCUGCCCUUGUUCUAUAGUUGGUGUAUAUAUCUCUAGAAUGUUUUGUGUCUUUUUCUUUUGUCUUGAUAGAUUAUUGAUAAAUCAAAUAAUUUGGACAUUUCUAAAUGUAAAUACCAUGUGAAACAAAAAACAUGUGAUACAAAAAAUUAAUGUUGGGUAUACUUUGUUCCUUGGUUUAGGAGCUGGGACUAAUGAGCAUUAAAGGCCAUGGAUGAAGAUGAAUUUGAAUUGCAACCCCAAGAACCAAACUCAUUUUUUGAUGGAAUAGGAACUAAUUCUACACACAUGGAUGGUGAUCAAAUUGUUGUGGAAGUACAAGAAACUGUUUUUGUUUCUAAUUCAGACAUAACUGUGCAUAACUUUGUUCCUGAUGUACAAGACUCUGUUGUAAUCCAAGAUGUCAUUGAAGAUGUUGUUAUAGAGGAUGUUCAGUGCUCAGAUAUUUUAGAGGAAGCUGAUGUAUCUGACAGUGUCAUCAUUCCUGAGCAAGUACUUGAUUCAGAUGUAACCGGAGAAGUUUCUUUAGCACAUUGCACAGUUCCCGAUGACAUUUUACCAUCUGAGAUUACUUCAACCUCAAUGCCCAUGCCAGAACACGUCUUGACAAGUGAAUCUAUACACAUGUCCAAUGUUGGACACGUUGAACAUGUGGUUCAUGAUAGUGAAGUGGAAGCAGAAAUUGUCACUGAUCCUCUGACGACUAACUUAGUUUCAGAAGUAUUAGUAGCAGAUUGUGCCUCUGAAGCAGUCAUAGAUGCCAAUGGAAUUCCUGUGGACCACCAGGAUGAUGACAAAAGCAACUGUGAGGAUUACCUUAUGAUUUCCUUGGAUGAUGCUGGCAAAAUAGAACAUAAUGGUUCCACUGCUGUGAAUACGAAUGCAGAGUCAGAUAUUGAUUCUUGUAAAGUAGAAGGCACUUGCCCUGAAGUCAUCAAGGUAUACAUUUUUAAAGCUGACCCUGGUGAGGAUGACUUAGGUGGAACAGUAGACAUUGUGGAGAGUGAGCCUGAGAAUGAUCAUGGAGUUGAACUGCUUGAUCAGAACAGCAGUAUUCGUGUUCCCAGGGAAAAGAUGGUUUAUAUGACUGUCAAUGACUCCCAACAAGAAGAUGAAGAUUUAAAUGUUGCUGAGAUCACUGAUGAGGUUUAUAUGGAAGUGAUUGUAGGAGAAGAAGAUGCUGCUGUUACAGCAGCAGCUGCUGCUGUGCAUGAACAGCAGAUAGAUGACAGUGAAAUGAAAGCCUUCAUGCCAAUUGCAUGGGCAGCAGCUUAUGGUAAUAAUUCUGAUGGAAUUGAAAACCGGAAUGGCACAGCAAGUGCCCUCUUGCACAUAGAUGAGUCUGCUGGCCUUAGCAGACUAGCUAAACAAAAACCAAAGAAAAGGAGAAGACCUGAUUCCAAGCAGUACCAAACAGCAAUAAUUAUUGGUCCUGAUGGACAUCCCUUGACUGUCUACCCUUGCAUGAUUUGUGGGAAGAAGUUUAAAUCAAGAGGUUUUUUGAAAAGACACAUGAAAAACCAUCCUGAACACAUUGCCAAGAAGAAGUAUUGCUGUACUGACUGUGAUUACACUACCAACAAAAAGAUAAGUUUACAUAAUCACCUGGAAAGCCACAAAUUGACCAACAAGGUAGAGAAAGUCAUUGAGUGUGAUGAGUGUGGAAAGCAUUUCUCUCACACUGGGGCUUUGUUUACUCACAAAAUGGUGCAUAAGGAAAAAGGAGCCAACAAAAUGCACAAGUGUAAAUUCUGUGAAUAUGAGACAGCUGAACAAGGAUUAUUGAAUCGCCACCUUUUGGCAGUCCACAGCAAGAACUUUCCUCAUAUUUGUGUAGAGUGCGGUAAAGGUUUUCGGCACCCAUCAGAGCUCAAAAAGCACAUGCGAAUCCAUACUGGCGAGAAGCCGUACCAAUGCCAGUACUGCGAAUAUAGAUCUGCAGACUCUUCUAACUUGAAAACACAUGUAAAAACUAAGCAUAGUAAAGAGAUGCCAUUCAAGUGUGACAUUUGUCUUCUGACUUUCUCAGAUACCAAAGAGGUGCAGCAACAUGCUCUUAUCCACCAAGAAAGCAAAACACACCAGUGUUUGCAUUGUGACCACAAGAGUUCGAACUCAAGUGAUUUGAAGCGACACAUAAUUUCAGUUCACACGAAGGACUACCCCCAUAAGUGUGACAUGUGUGAUAAAGGCUUUCACAGGCCUUCRGAACUCAAGAAACAUGUGGCUGCCCACAAGGGUAAAAAAAUGCACCAGUGUAGACAUUGUGACUUUAAAAUUGCAGAUCCAUUUGUACUAAGUCGCCAUAUUCUGUCAGUUCAUACAAAGGACCUUCCAUUUAGGUGUAAGAGAUGUAGAAAGGGAUUUAGGCAACAGAAUGAGCUUAAAAAGCAUAUGAAGACACACAGUGGCCGGAAAGUCUAUCAGUGUGAGUACUGUGAGUAUAGCACUACGGAUGCCUCAGGCUUUAAACGGCAUGUUAUUUCCAUUCAUACAAAAGACUAUCCUCAUCGUUGUGAGUACUGCAAGAAAGGUUUCCGAAGACCUUCGGAAAAGAACCAGCACAUAAUGCGACAUCACAAAGAAGUUAGCCUGUCCUAAUAAGUUCACAGACUUUCUACAGAUGUUGGUCAUGUAACAGGAAAACCAUUUUAAAGUCUAUCAUUCUUGUUCUCAUACAAUACCAUAUACAUUGAUUUAUGCUACGUACAAACAUGAUUUUUGCUUCUAUU